AUACAGACAGGGUCAAGGACUUGGGGUCAGUCAGUUACACACACAGUGUCACACAGUGUGUCUGCAGUGAACGUUGCAAGACAAAAGUGUCUUGACAUUUUCUGUACGCAUUUGAACGCUUGGAAGAAAGAUUUCACAGGAGUUAUGAGUAGCCGUGAUGAUGGGGCAAUGGCCCCGCAUGUUGUUGAGACCAUCCAAACGUCCCCGUUUGAUGGUCAAAAACCGGGGACCAGUGGACUGAGAAAACCCGUUGCAAUCUUUCAGCAACCUCACUACACCGAGAAUUUCAUUCAGGCUGGUCUCAUCUCUGGCCUGGGUGAUAAAGUCAAAGGAUCGUGUUUGGUUGUUGGAGGAGAUGGAAGGUUUUUUGUCAAAGAAGCAGCGCAGCUUAUCAUAAAGAUUGCCGCUGCAAAUGGGGUUUCCAAGUUAGUGAUUGGUCAGCAUGGAAUCUUGUCCACUCCAGCUGUGUCUCACAUUAUUCGGAAAUACAAGCUUGAUGGAGGCUUCAUUCUCACAGCAAGUCACAACCCUGGAGGUCCCAAAGGCGACUUUGGCAUGAAGUAUAACACCCACAAUGGUGGUCCUGCCCCUGAGAGUGUUACCAACCACUUGUUUGAGUUAACCAAGACCAUCAGCGAGUAUAAAAUUGUACCCAACGUCAAGGCCAACCUCGAUGAACUCGGCAGCCAAUCCUUCCAGAUUCAAGGAGAGCAGUUCACAGUUGAGAUCAUCGACCAAACAAAAGAUUAUGUGGAGAUGGUGAAAGACAUCUUUGAUUUCGAUCUCCUGAGGGGAUUUUUGAAAACAAAAAGGGUUCUUAUCAAUGGAAUGAAUGGAGUGACAGGACCUUACAUCAAAAAGAUUUUCAUCGAAGAGUUCGGUUUACCAGAGGAAAUGUGCCUGAACUGUAUUCCUCUCCCAGAUUUUGGUGGGAGGCACCCAGAUCCCAAUCUGACAUAUGCCAAAGAUCUUGUGGAUAUAAUGAAAGAAGGUCGGCAUGACUUUGCAGCAGCAUUUGAUGGAGAUGGUGACCGGAACAUGAUCUUGGGUCACAGUGCGUUCUUUGUGACUCCGUGCGACUCCUUGGCUGUGCUGGCAGCCCACCUGGAAACAAUCCCCUAUUUCAAACGGAACGGAGUGAAUGGCUACGCCCGCAGCAUGCCCACUUCAGGGGCUGUAGAUUUAGUUGGUAAGAAAUACGGAAAGGAGUAUUUUGAGACCCCAACAGGCUGGAAAUUCUUUGGCAAUCUCAUGGACGCUAAUCGUAUUAGUUUGUGUGGGGAAGAGAGUUUUGGAACAGGAUCUAACUAUAUUAGGGAAAAAGACGGUAUUUGGGCAGCUUUGGCUUGGCUCUCGGUCAUGGCCAACACAGGCCAGUCGGUCAAAGAAAUCCUGACCAGCCACUGGUCCACCUUCGGGAGACACUACUUCUCCAGAUACGACUAUGAGCAAGUGUCUUCUGAGGCUGGGGACAAGUUGAUGGAGGGUCUAACCAAGUUGAUCAACGACCCAAAGACCGUGGGGAUGACCUUUUCUGAUCCAACGGGAAAAUCCUACAAGAUGGCCGCCUGUGAUAACUUUGAGUAUCAUGACCCAAUCGAUGGGAGCGUGAGUAAAAAUCAGGGCAUCAGACUCAUGUUUGAGGAUGGCUCUCGCAUUGUGUUCCGGCUGAGUGGGACGGGCAGUAGUGGCGCCACCGUCAGGCUCUAUGUGGAGGGCUAUGAGCAGGAGUCAGACCCUAACAGCUACCUGCAGGAUGCUCAGGAUGUUCUGAAGCCUUUGAUUACCAUCGCCCUGCGGACGUCCAAACUGAAGGAACUUUCAGGACGCGAUGAACCCACUGUCAUCACGUAGAGUGUCUCUUGUCAGUGUGAACAUAAAGUGUGUUCCUAGGUCUAACAAAUUAUUUAUAGCAUAAUUUUAUAAAGCAGAGGAAAAAAUUGUUAUUAAAGGUGUGCAGUCCUGACUUUUUUUUUUCGGCAUGUGUACAUACAUUUUUGUCUUAAAAAUUGCAAUUGACAAUAGCAAUAAUCCAGGUCAGCUCACAUUUGCUUUUUUUGUUGAAACAGUUUGUCCAAAUGUGAAACACAAAAUUAUACGCUCUCCUUUUUUCAAACCAUCAGGUGUUUUGCAUUUAAAUAGUGAUAAUGAUCCGGCAGUGUUUGAACUUUUUAGCUUGAACCAAAGAACAUUGAGCAAUUGUUUUCUCAUUUGAUCUUUGUGCUAGUCUAUGACUUUUGGGACAGGAGAACUUAUUUUUAAAAGGACACACGUCAUGUACCACUAGGAAGGUUGCAAACAUUUGCAAAUGAUAGUUUGACUUGAAUGGGCUGUUAAAGAUGAAUUUCUAAUUUUACUAAUUUCAUGGAUAUUGACAUAUUUCCUGGUGGUGGAUAAGUGGGAACUUUCUUUGUUUUCUGUCUCUGGUAGACAAAAAAAAAGCUUCUGUCAAAAUGUGGGAAUAGUAGAUGUAGUGGAAAAGACUGCCUGUUAGUUAUAUUUCGCGUAAAUUAUGUGUUUGUGUAUAUGUAUGUAUGUGUUGUCGCAAGUGACCUUCUUCAAGGUCUCCUACCACUGCUUACCCUCAAACUCAACUGUUCUCCCGACUUUUCCCAUUUUAUAUAUCAUUAUCUUUCCUUGCAGAACUUUCAUUGGGUACUGCCAUGCUAACUGCCUCUGGGCAAAUGGCAGUGGAUGAGAAAUAUAGAGCUCAGUAAAUGCUCUUCAAAGUUAAAUGAAGUGUCUUAUCGUACUGGCCGUGGAUACAGAGGAAUGUCAGCGAAUUAGUUUUGAAGAGCAGUCUACUGUGCACCGUUAUUUUUGUCCACUGAUGUUUGCCCACUGACACGAAGUAUGGCCACACCCUAAUGUGUUUAUAGAUGGUGCCAUGACUAAGGCUUCUUUACCUUAAUUGUUUGUACUCAGGGUUAACUCUUGUUUUUUGUUUCUCUAGAAAAGGCAACGGUCAGUGCAAACAGGAAAUUUUAAAAUAAAUGUUAGUGGUGAAUUAUAACAUCAGCAUUAUUGCUUGAGAGAUUUUUUAAUUCUUUUUUUUAUAUAAUAGAGUGUCCUAAAAUUGGUAAAGAAAUUUGGUUUUGCUAAAGUUGCCUAGGAAUGUGCCAACUUAUCUAUAACGGCUAUGCUAUGGGUUAUAGUAUAACUCUUCAGGUUUUCUCUAAGGUGCAACUUGUAUUGGUUGUGUACCUGUCAAUGGGCCUUUCUUUUUUAUUUCUUUUUCUUCUUGUAUCUCCAUCCUCGUUGGAGAUCAUGGGUGUAGACCAAGCCUGAUAACACACUAAAAGUUUCCUUCUUUGAUUGAGAUGUGUUGCUGACACUUACGACUUACAAAACUGUUUCUGUGAAAUAAUGUAGUGGUUAUCGUGGCAGCACACAGUUAUAUCAAACUUAAAAGCAACGGACUUAUACAGGCAACCAGGUUAUAUUGGGAUUUUUACAUUAAACGAUACAUCAGCUGAAUGGUUUUUCACUGAAGUUCCUACGAUGACCAAAAAAAAAAAAAAAGCCCACCCAUUCAGGUCGGCUCAAUUUUUGACAAUCAAUUCUAUAUUUUAGUUGGAUAGUUCACAGAGCUGUCGUCGUCUUUAAUGCUGUCAUGUUGUAGACUCUUCAGUUAGUUUAAUACGUUCUGUGUGCGGUAUCCUUUGUUUGCCUAAAUGUGUUACUGAGGUGAGUAGAAUUUGCAUUGUAUGACCUUGCAUCUUACAGGAGGUGCCUCACAGUUUUUAAGCCAAAGUUAAAUAGUUACAUAGAUCUGAUAGUAAUCUAAUGUAUAUACAUGGAUGUGAGCUCCAAAAUGAGGAAAUGAUAUGUCUGUAGUUGUGCUCAAAUAAUUUCUUGUGUUCCAAAUCAUCUGUGUAAAUACACUGCACUGUUACCUGCUAUUGUUAAUGAACAUGCACAGUUAAAGAUACAACUCUUUGCCUACACUGUGAUUCAGUUUGUUUUAAAAUUGUCGUUUGGAAAAAGUAUCUGUACAGAGCCUUCACUUAUAGUUGAGUGCCUUUUAGACUCACGUCUAUAGGUCAUAUAUAGAUAAUAUAUUGAUUUUGGUGAAAUAGUUAAUAGUCCAUUCAUUUUAACAAAACGGGGAGGUGGUUCUUUCACUUACUUACUGUCUUCACACCAAAAGAAAGAAAGAACUGAAGUAUAACUGUUUUACCUUUGUGUCUCCCUUUUAAAUGGUUCAAAAUGAGGAAAAUAAAAGUGACAUACAGUUGAAAACAUUAUUGAGAUUGUCUGUUUCAACCCCUGGUCAACUGCUGUAGAAAGAAGCAGUGUGCAAGUCUGUAGUGCAUUAAUUGGCUUUAUCCCUUGUAUCCAGCUCUAUGAAUUGAUCGUUUGGAGGCUUCAGUUGUUAAGCUUCUGUGUUUCUUUCUUUUUAAUUUAUACAAAUUCUUCAGGUCUGUCAUCAGUCCUUGAGUUUGCAAGGAUUAAUACUGACUCUUUGCUUUGCCUCUUUUGGCUUCCCCAUUAAACUGUUGUUGAUUGUUACAGUGAUGCAUGAUGUGAUGAGUAGAGACUCGAUUUCUCACGUGGUAUGUAGAUUUGCCGACAUAUUUGUUAUGUUAAUUUCCAAAACUUGGAAAAUGUUGCUUUCAGAGAGCAACUUUCAUUUGACCUUGAUGAUGGGUGAAAAAUAAAGGUGAUUCUCAUAAGUGAAAUUACA